AUGGCAAAGAGGACUUUGUCAUUGCUGCUACUGCUGCUGCUGGUGCACAGCAUCUGUUUAACAGAUUCAGAACAAGUCUGUAGACUGCUUGGACAGCCUGACUUCCCUUUACUUUCUGCAGAAAGAGACAUCAACAUUGGAGCAAUUUUCUCAAUCCACAGAAGUGCUCUGCUAAAGAUGCAUCCUUUUACUUCCAAACCAGAGCAAACAACGUGUGUCAGGUUGAACUUGCGUGAAUUUAAAUUUGCUCAGACAUUUAUUUUUGCCAUUGAGGAGAUCAAUAACAGUACACAACUGCUGCCUGGUGUUUCUUUGGGCUAUAAGAUAUAUGAUGGAUGUAACUCUAUAGAUCAGACUAUCCUUGCAGGCAUGGCUUUGAUGAAUGGCUAUGAAGAGACUUUGAGUGAUACAUCCUGCUCUAGCUCACCAACUGUUCAGGCCAUUGUCGGAGAGUCAACAUCCUCUCCCACUAUAGCCUUGGCUUCUGUAGUUGGUCCAUUCAGCUUACCUGUUAUCAGUCAUUUUGCCACAUGUGCAUGCCUAAGUAACAGAAAAAGAUAUCCAUCCUUCUUCAGAACAAUACCCAGUGAUUAUUACCAAAGCAGUGCACUGGUUCAGCUUGUUAAGUAUUUUGGCUGGACCUGGGUUGGAACGGUCAGGAGUCGCAGUGACUAUGGUAAUAAUGGCAUGGCAGCAUUUGAGGAGGCUGCAAACAAAGAGGGGAUUUGUAUCGAGUACUCAGAGGCCAUAUUAAGGACUGAUCCACAAGAGCAGUUUCUGAAAACAAUGGAAGUGAUAAGACAGGGCACAGCCAGGGUAGUGGUGGCUUUUGUCUCAUUCGGAGAUUUUAUCCCCCUUGUAAAAGUGAUUGCAGAACACAACAUCACAGGGCUGCAAUGGGUUGGCAGUGAGUCUUGGAUAACAUCUCGAAAUCUUGCAGAAACAAAGGAAUACAGUUUCCUUUCUGGAGCUGUGGGUUUUGCUGUAGUGAAUGCCAAACUUGUGGGCCUGCGAGAGUUCCUAGUGAAUGUGCACCCUGAUCAAGAGCCAAACAAUGAGCUUUUAAAAGAAUUUUGGGAAACAGCUUUUCAGUGCACUUUCAGGACCAGCGGCAGUGGUAGUUGUACUGGCUCAGAGAAACUGGCAGAGCUGAAAAAUGAAUAUACUGACAUAUCAGAGCUACGAAUAGAACAUAAGACAUACACUGCAGUGUAUGCUGUUGCACACACACUCCAUAAUAUUUUAAAAGACUUCAAAUUCUCCAACAACAGCAGCAAAGAAGAGCUGCACACACCACAAAAGGUGUUACAGUAUAUGAAAGAUGUGAGGUUCACUAUAAAAACAGGAGAAAAUAUCUUCUUUGAUGCAAGUGGUGACCCAGUGGCGAGAUAUGACCUGGUGAACUGGCAGCCUGUUGAGGAUGGAAUUCUGCAGUUUAAGCAUGUGGGCAUCUAUGACAGUUCACUUCCUUCAGGGCAACGUCUUCAAAUCAAUCUGGAACACAUACUAUGGGCAGGGAACACUGGAAAGUUGCCUGUGUCCAUGUGCAGUGAAAGCUGCUUCCCUGGAACUAGGAAGGCUGUGCAAAAAGGACGACCUAUCUGCUGUUAUGACUGCAUUCCAUGCGCAGAGGGAGAAAUCAGUAAUGGCACAGAUUCUAGUGACUGCUUUCCUUGUGAUUUGGAGUACUGGUCGAAUGAAAGCAAAGACCGAUGUGUAUUAAAAGUGGUUGAAUUCCUUUCCUAUACAGAAAUCAUGGGGAUGUUGCUUUGUAUUUUUUCCUUCAUUGGGGUGUUAUUAACGGCAUUUGUAUCUGUUCUGUUUUAUCUUCACAAAGAAACACCCAUUGUCAGAGCCAACAAUUCAGAGCUGAGCUUCCUGCUGCUCUUCUCACUCUCACUGUGUUUCCUCUGUUCACUUACUUUCAUUGGUCGGCCCACUGAGUGGUCCUGUAUGUUGCGUCACACAGCGUUUGGGAUCACUUUUGUCCUUUGCAUCUCCUGUGUUCUGGGGAAAACAAUAGUGGUGUUAAUGGCUUUCAGAGCUACACUUCCAGGAAGUAAUGUUAUGAAAUGGUUUGGACCUGCACAACAACGAUUCAGUGUUUUUUCCUUAACAUUAAUACAGGUGUUUAUAUGUGUGCUUUGGUUAACAAUAUCCCCCCCUUUCCCAUAUAUGAAUUCGUCCUAUUACAGAGAAAGGAUUAUCCUAGAAUGUAACUUGGGUUCAGCUCUUGGUUUCUGGGCUAUUCUGGGUUAUACUGGUCUGCUAUCAAUCUUGUGUUUUGUUUUAGCUUUUCUUGCUCGAAAGCUCCCUGAUAAUUUUAAUGAAGCCAAGUUCAUCACAUUCAGUAUGCUCAUAUUCUGUGCCGUCUGGCUCACAUUUAUCCCAGCUUAUGUUAGUUCUCCUGGAAAAUUUACAGUAGCUGUGGAGAUAUUUGCCAUUUUAGUUUCAAGUUUUGGUUUACUAUUUUGCAUUUUUGCCCCAAAAUGCUAUAUCAUUUUGAUAAAACCAGAGAACAAUACAAAGAAACAAAUGAUGGGCAAAACUUCUUCUAAAGCUCUUUGA